ACCGCAUUCGGAUGGUCAUGCUGCAGAUCAAUAUAACGUCGGACGUGGGGUUACAUAAGUGAAAUGUCAAAAAAAACAAAUUGACAACGCCGCUGGACCUUGAGCGACGCGUGCAAAAAAUUGAUACAGGGCUAAUUCCAUUUUCUGAUAUUCUUCCGCCUAGUUGAAUUCAAUGAUAGGGUCCUAUCAUAAUUCCGUAGACCUAGAAGACACGGAGAAAGUGUAAUAAGACUUGUCAUUUUCGGUCUUGACUUCUUGAUUUUUCCAAGGCCGCCUACCUUUGGCCCACCCCCAUUCAUUCAUUCAUCCCAUCCAUUCCACUCACCCCCGCACUAGCAUGGUGUCUACUGAAAACACGAUGGUCGUUCCCCUGAGUGGGAUAGACCAGAACGGUGUGCACACCAGCAGUAUCACAUUUGGUUAUGUUGUCGCCAGACUUGACGUCGAGGCAUUGGAGGCUGCUGCAAUACGCGCCGCGGAAGAGUGGAGGUUACUAGCAGGACGCGUGGAAUGGAACGCAACAAUCAAGUCGUUCCAAGUUCGAGUUCCUGUUUCGGGUUCGUUGCCCAAAGACUAUGCGCUGGUGAAGUUCACCACGAGCAAGUUACCCUCUACGAAACUUCCUAUUACGCCUUUUGAUGACAGCUCGGCGACAUUCCUGGAGAGACCUCCCGUUAAACUCUUUCGACAUUCUUCCACGCUGAACUCGCUGAGCGAUUACGCUUCGAAAAAAGCUCCUAUACUCUCCCUCCACGUUUCGCUGAUGGCGAACUGUGCUUGUGUGGGAAUGACACUUCCGCAUGGUAUCUUUGACGCGACUGGCAUGGGUCAGGUAGUGCAAGCACUCAACUCGUGUUUGAACAAUCUCCCUUGGACACCGCCAAAGAUCAGCUCGUCAAGCAUCUUAGCCGAAGAGCUUAAACGAUUAAGGGAGUCUGAGUCUAUUGGUGAUCCUUGCCCCCCGGGUCUUGUCAAUCUUCAACGCGAUUUCACAUCUGUGAACGUCAAGAAUGUAUUGACCCUCGGAGCGAGUUGCGCGACCGAGCUAUUAUGGCAUAGAGUGAAGCCGGCAGCAAUAUAUUUGGGUUCAAACGUUAUACAGGAGAUGGUUGCGAAUGUGAAGAAGCAGGCUGCCGAUGAGGGCAAAGGCUGGGUGUCAACAGGUGAUAUCUUAGUCGCGUUUCUCCUAAAGGCUGCGUACCUUGAUGAAGGACCAACCAGUCCCAACGCUCUGACAAUGAGUGCAGCUGUCUCCCUCCGUAGUGUCCUCGCAGCAACAAACCGUGAUUUCGAAAGUUACACUCACAACGCUCUUUUACCACUUGCUUUACCCCCUCUCACCGUCCAACAAGUCUCGUCCAUGUCACUCUACGAAUUCGCAUUGAUCCACCGAAAGGCUAUCGAAGAUAUGCGAAAUAUCCCCUAUAUCCAGGGCUACGAAAAAUGGGUUCCAUCCAUCGGGGGAGCCGCAAUCCCAGCACGGAGAAAGGGUACAGAUAGUUGGCUACUUUCAAAUCAAGUCGUCGGCGGGGUCGAUAAACUGGAUUUGGGCUCAGAGCCGCUAGGGUUUUGGCAUUGGAUGUUGCCCUUUAUGCCCGACCACGUUUUCACCGUAAACAAGUUGAGAGGUGGUUAUAUCCUCGACGGCUUUAGUGGUGUUCGUCCGCAGCGGCUAAAGGCUAUCGAGAAAGCGUUGGAAGGGAUAAGGAGAGGGGAGCCACUUGUAGUAUAGUUUUCUUUCAUUCCCACCUCGGAUUUCACU